GUUCUUAUCCGCCAAAAGCUACGCUUAACCCUUUGCUAGUGAAGAUUUGGCAAUCAAGGCAGAGGCGAGCGGAGAAAAGCCAUCGAUCGACAUCGCCUUUCCGGUCCCCGCCGCCCUUCAUCCUCCUGUGAGCGAGAGCUUGGGGCGAACCCCGUGGAGUUGGUGGUGGUGCGCUUGUUGAACGGAAAGAGGGGGAGUUGGGAGCGGAGGCGUAAAGGAGGUUCCUUUCCGGCUGGUUUUUGAGAUCCCUGAAUCCUUUUCCGACUCGAAGGAAGGACUCUCUUCUCAUAUAAAAGCUUAUUUAUUGGUAGUGGUUAGCACAUUUUACAGAGGUUGCAGUUGUGAUAAGAAGCUAAGGAGUAGUUUUUAGCCCUUGGAGGUUUUUGGUUUUGAUCAAGCAUCCAGUUCAACCCACUUAGUGAUGUAUCAACAUACACCCUUGAAGGGAUUUUUCAAUGAUUCACAAGAUAACCAUGAGUUACAUGGAAACUUACUGUCUCCCACCGACAAUAACCUAGGUGGAAGUUUCACUGGUCCAAAAACUGCUAGCUUAAGUAUAUGGGAUCCACUCGCGCCUAGCUCCAGCAUGCCUCCAGCUAACCUAGGUAGCCAUGAGCAAAUAAAAACAGAAAGUGGUUUGGCACUAAGUUCUUCUACAAAUAAUGAAGCAACUGGAUCGUGGAUAAGAGAAAGUGUAUCUGAAGCAAACAAUUGGUCGCCUUUUGUUAGUGAAUAUGUAGGACUUUCCAACAGUUAUGAAAACGAUGGAGUGCCGUUCCCGCCAUUUUAUGAUGUUAAUGAUCUCUGUGCCUAUUCUUGCAGCAAUGCAGAGCCAGUUGGAAUUGGUAGCCAGGUUCUUGAACCAGGGCUUCCAGAAGAAUCGUGUAAUAGAGGUUUAUUGCAAAGGCCACAUGUUUCUCUCAAUGAAAGCCCUUCAAGAACCUUUGAGAAUUCUUUCAGAGUUACUGAUUUCUUUUCCAAGGACAAUGGAGGAAGACAAAAUGUUAAACUUGGUGAUACAAACUCUUCGCACAAGAGAAAAAAUGUCGAUGUAGUUUGUGGGGAGUCUUCGCCUAUUAUAAGUUCUACAACUUUCAAUGAUGGUAUAACGGCUAGAAUUGUAGCUUCUGAAGACCGGUCUUUGGUUUCUGGUGUUGGAAAUGAAGUAGGUUCCAAGAGGAACACACGUAGAAGAAUCACCCAUGCAGAUCAAGCUACUACAUCUACACCUAAUCUUUAUCUAGAAGAGAAUUCCUUUGCUCUCUGUGAUCCUUGGCCUUCUAUUGAAAUAUCCUUUUUAGAUGUUCCAUCAAAUCCUUCAGUGCACUCUAGGUUGACUGGUAGAAAUGUGACACCAAAUAGGCAGCAUCUUGCACAUGCAAUUCCUGGCUCAACUUUGGAUCUCUGUCCUCCUUUCCAUGUAUUAGGAAGUUCCACCAGUGAAGUAGGAAGUUCUUCACAGUCUCCAAUGCCUUGUAUUGAUGAAGCUUCUGAGGAACUAAACUUUGUUAGUGGUUCAAGUACUACCACACAUCGAUUUUUUACUUCUCAUAACAGAAUGGGACCAGUGCAAGACCAGUCAAACAGGGGUUUGGCCAGAAGUAGCACAAUUUUAUCUGGAAAUGCAGUACCUACAUCACAGGUUGGCACCAACUUGGCGUUCCAUCAAUUGACAGGAGAGAACUGUGCUGCUCACCUACACCAUCGUCGUGCAUUAAAUCAAGGAGCUGUACUUGAGCCCUUUAACUUUGAUCUGCAUCAUGAUCAUCCAUCCAAGUUGGUGGAGAACGUGCAUCAUGAAUUAGGACCUGUUAACCGUGUUUAUCCUCAUUCAUUCACGAGAACACUAAAUAUGUUGCCAAGGCAAAAUGGUGGUGUUUCAGGUGUUCCCUUGUCCGCAAGUGGUCAUGCAACUGCAAGAAGAGAAGGAAGAAGCAGGAUUUUAGAGGGUCCCCAGGUUUUUGAGUCGGCAGUCCAUUGGGUCAGGCAUUCGCAUGACAGGUAUCGAGAUAUGCGGAUGGACAUCGAUGAUAUGUCUUAUGAGGAACUGCUGGCUUUAGGAGAGCGUAUCGGUAAUGUCAACUGUGGUCUCAGUGAGGAAAAAAUCCUGAGCGGCCUACGGCAACGCAAGUAUAUAUCUAGUUCAUUGGAACCAUCAGAGGAUGCUGAACAAUGCUCCAUCUGUCGGGAAGAGUAUGUUGAAGGACAGGAACUAAGCCGGCUCGAUUGUGAUCAUGAUUUCCACACCGUCUGCAUCAAGAAAUGGCUAGGGAUCAAGAAUUUGUGCCCUAUCUGUAAAGCCACUGGCAUUCAAGGUGCCUGAUAAGUUUCAGAAUGGAUAGAAAAAGAUGAGUUUGAGUGGCUUUUUCUUUGCUAAAUUAAUUAUGUGACCGGCAGCAUUUUUCUAUUUCUUCCUUUAAAAUGCAUGCACAGUGGUGCUACUUUUUAUGUUCAUAUUUUGUUUUGCUUGAAAUGGAUGUUCCUGAUGAAUUCCAAAGUACUUCUACACUGAAUAGUGGAUGCUAGAACUAAUUAUAUCA